AUGGGCGUCGAGGUUCAGCGUAUCGCCCCCGGCGACGGCAAGACGUUCCCCAAGCCCGGUGACCGCGUCACCAUCCACUACGUCGGAACCCUGCUCGACGGUGGCUCCGAGUUUGACUCGUCCCGCAAGCCCGGCCGCGGUCCCUUCCAGACUCAGAUCGGUGUCGGACAGGUCAUCAAGGGCUGGGACGAGGGUGUGCCCCAACUCUCGGUCGGCGAAAAGGCCAAGCUCAUCUGCACGCCCGACUACGCCUACGGCGCCCGCGGCUUCCCGCCCGUCAUCCCGCCCAACUCGACCCUCGUCUUCGAGGUCGAGCUGCUCAAGGUCAACUAA